AACAUGGACCAUAAGGAGAAAGAAAACAAAGAGAACAGACACAGGAACUUUUCUUCCUUCGCCUUUGUUUUUGAUUUCCUUCACCAGCUCCCUUACAAGUCACUUCUUAAUUCUUCCAACUCCAACACGUAUAAAAUCUCUUUUUGAUUCCUUCACUCUCCAGAAAAAUUGUUAGUUCAUUUCUCAUAUCUAGAGAUAAGAGAGAGAUAGAGAGAGAGAAUGGCAAGUGGUGAUCUAGAGAGAGGGACAAAGAACAGAGGAUACAACAAUAAUAACCGCUUUUACUAUGUUGAAACCGCGGAUAAGCAAUGGACAUCAUGGCUGAUUCCUAUGUUUGUUGUUGCUAAUGUUGCUGUGUUCAUUGUUACGAUGUAUGUCAACAAUUGUCCCAAAAACAAUCUGGGUUUUGAAGGUAGUUGCGUGGCUAGGUUCCUUGGCAGGCUUUCGUUUCAGCCUUUGAAAGAGAACCCUUUAUUUGGUCCAUCUUCUUCUACAUUGGAGAAAAUGGGAGCCCUGAAGUGGAACAAGGUCGUGCAUGGACAUCAAGGAUGGAGACUCAUCACUUGUGUGUGGUUGCAUGCAGGUGUUAUUCAUCUCCUCGCAAAUAUGCUUAGUUUGGUCUUUAUUGGGAUUCGCCUGGAACAACAAUUUGGAUUUGUGCGAGUUGGGACACUCUACCUAUUAUCAGGAUUUGGAGGAAGCAUAUUGUCUUCCCUUUUUAUUCAGCAGAACAUUUCUGUUGGUGCCUCUGGUGCUUUGUUUGGUCUUCUUGGAGCAAUGUUAUCAGAGCUUCUUACUAACUGGACAAUCUAUAGUAACAAGAUUGCAGCUUUAUUCACUCUUGUCAUCAUCAUUGCCAUUAACUUGGCUGUUGGAAUUCUUCCACAUGUUGACAACUUUGCACAUAUUGGAGGUUUCUUGACUGGUUUUCUCCUGGGUUUUGUCAUAUUACUUCGUCCUCAGUUUGGGUGGUAUGAAAGCCGAAAUCUUCCCGCUGAAGCUCGUGUAAAAUCUAGGCACACGGCUUACCAAUACGUGUUGUUACUGGUUGCUGUGGCUUUACUUAUUGUUGGUUUUACAGUGGGAUUGGUGAUGCUAUUCAGAGGAGAGAAUGGAAAUAAACACUGCAGUUGGUGCCAUUACCUAAGCUGUGUGCCUACAUCAAAAUGGAAAUGUGAUAACUGAUGUGAAUUUGUCACCUUUUUUUUCUUGGAUAAUUUAUGGGAACCUUGUUAAGAUUUCAUUUUCUGUUACCUUUUCUUUGAUUUCUAUUUAUUUUCAUUUGUUCAUUUGUUUUGAUUGCCUUUUACACUUGUACAUGAAUAGUGGUAUAUGGUACUGAGCAUUAUUUUGGAUUAAAUAGAGUAAUGUUACAUACAGAUGUUUUGUCAUUGUAUU